CACACCUUAAUCAGCACAUAUGCCACCCUUCACUGUGACUCAGACUCUCUGGGAUAUCAGAGGGAAUACGCUUGAUAAAGCUAAACUCGUCACAUUAUGAUGAAGAAGACCUUAGAUAACUGAAGAGAUUAUUAUGAGUGGAUCAGAGAUGCUGUGACAGAGACUUUUGCUGAUGAGGCUGUAGGUUUGGUUCAAGAAGAAGACCUAGUUUAUUGAUGAAAGAAAGACACACCCCUUCAAGAUCAGACUUAUCACCUGGGUACUCUGGAGGAUAUCCACAGUACACUACAUAGCAGGUUGAAAAGCAAGUGCACCUCCAGUUUUCCGAAGGCUGAGAAUAUAACAAACGGAUAGCCCUUGUUGCUUUUCCACAAGAUUUAAAUAUAUUAAAUAUUAAAGGAGGAGACUCGAGCUGCUUGUUGAUCUGUACCUGCACGUCUUGUUCUUGGGUAAAGAUGGGGAAUGAGCAAUCUACUCACAAACAAAAUGGGCUCCAAACUAAGGUUGAAGAAGUCACUCUGCAGCAUCAAAAUGGAGGACUCAAUGGCCACGCUGUAAAAAUCUUGGAAAACAAUGUUGUCAGUGAGGUUGCAGUGCAGAAAAGUUGUGAGACACCCACAUCAACCCUCUCAUUGGAGAUAGCACUUGACCAGACAGAUGAUACCAGUUUUCCUCUGGCUGAAGAGAAUGCAUGUCUCCCUGAGAAUGUGGAACAGAAGAAGGAGACUGAAAUCCCCUCCCCUGAUUUACCCAAGAAAGAUCCCAAGGAGACAGUGGAAAAAGUUACCUUCUUUGACAAGCUAUUCAAAAAGAAAACACAGACACCAUCCAUUGUGGAGAACUCGCAGGAGACAAAUAACCCCAAUGAAAAUCCCUCUUCACCUGUAGCUGAUGACCCACAAUCUGAUUUACAAAAUCGGUUUGCUGACGCAUCUAAAUUGUGUGAAGCUGAAAUUUCGACACAGAGCAAAUCAAAACACUCAACGGUGGAGUAUGCAUUGCAACCAGAAGCAGAAACACCCCCCAGUGGAUCAGAUCCAGAUCCAGCAGACCAAAACACCAGCCUUGCCUUUGAAGUGGUGAAGCAUGUUAAGGUUGAUGCCAGUGUUGCAGGUGCAAUUGCUAGUGCUGUAGAAGUUGUUAAGGGGAAGGUUGAAGAAACUGAAGCGGAACUCGAAGCAGCUGAAUCAACUGUGUUGGCAAUUGUUGAGGCUGUUGAGGUUGAGGCUAUAGAUGAGGGUGGUGAGAAUAAUGACUGUGAAGAGGCUCGUAUUAUCCUAGAAAUAACUUCCAGUGGUGUCAUGGAAGUCCCAAAAUAUAAGAUUAAAGAAGAGAGUGCUGCAGCGUCGGGUGCUACCAUGGAGUUUAAUUCUGAGGGCUUCAAAGAGGAGUCCGAAAAUGAAUCAAAUCGCAAGGAUGUGGCAGCUGAUGCACAACCAGAAACCACUCAAGACUCUGGAUCUAGUCCUACUGCAGAGGGAACAUCUCCUGCCCCGGAAGUGGUGGUGUGUGUUCUUGAUUCCAGUGUUGUUGAGGCAAUCACCAAGGUUGAGGCCAUGGCAGCGGAAGCUGAAGACAGCCCACAGCCUGAGAAGGAAAAGAAAGCACAAUUAUGUAAAUCAGACUCUGAAAUGGACUUGGACUGCACUGAAGAACCUGAUCUCACCUUGUCUCCUUCCAGUGCCCAGGAAUCCGUAGACGCCAUGGUUGAAUCCAAGGAGGACAGUAGUGCUGCUGUGAAACUGAAAGAGGAUGGUAGCCUGGUGCUCAGCAAACCUCCAGAUGAUAAAUCAUUUUCACUGUUGCUCAAUCAUCUAGAGUCAGCUUGCAAACAAAGUUUUGUAAAAUCCCAAUUUAAGCUUGUACAAAUUGAGUCGGUUGCACAGGGUUACACUAUUUGCAUUAAACUAGAAGUGGACGUACAGGAGAGUAACGUGAAAUGUUAGAAUCACACUAUCACACUGUUGACAUGAUUGAAUGUAGCAUUGUGGUUACAUUCAAGUCUUAUGUUACAAGUUUUCUAUAAUUACAAAUACUAAUAAUAUUUUUUUAAUUAAAGUGUUUGUUAUGUAUAAAUAAUGCUUGUAUGUGCCAACAGAUGUUUUCAAAAUACAUCACAAAUCAACACAUUGUCUGCUAAAAUAAAGCUUGAACAGGUUUCAUAUGAAAUGUGCUAAAUAUUUCACACGUACAUACACACAUACCCCAACUGAUCUAAGCACAAACAAGGCUCACUAAAGGCUAUAGGUUAAAUGCUUUGCUUAAUCUUAAUUGCUUGGCAAGAUUGUAAGUUUCAGCCUCGUUACUUUUAGACAGUACACAUCAGCAUACUAUACUAUGCCCUUGCUGUAAGAUCUUGUUUUCUCACUCACACAAAACAUGUACUUGAUUGGGGUUGAACCAUAGCUAUCUGCUGGAAAAGUAAACUGCCAAUUAGUAGACCAAAUGGAUGUAAUUGCAGUUAGGAAAAUGAUUGAGACUUCAAGGCCAAGGCCACAGGAUCGCUUCAUACUUGGUUCCUUUCUGUAUCCAGACAAACACACAUCCUUGAGCAUAUGAUAAUUGGAAGAACUGAAUGUGAAUUUAACAUUUUGACCCCACUCUUUUUCAAGCCUUUAUGACAGCUGUGCUGAUGGAAAAAUAACACAUUCUGACAUUUUUUUAGGCACAAGACUGCAUUUUAUUGUAGACGCAACUACAAUUAAAAACAUUCUUAGUUGAUAUCUGCACACAUGCCUGAAUAAUGAAUGAAUAUUGUCAUAUUUAAGAAUAAUCUAUACUAAAUUGAUGUGGGACCCAUUCCCUUCUCAUCAGAUAAAAAAGCUGUACAUUUAACAAAUAUAAAUUUGCCUUGAAGCAAGAUAGAAACAUUGUCUUACAUUUCUCCAAGCAUAGAGCCAUAAGUGUAGAACAUAGCAGAAUACCAAUAGGGGUUGGUGGGGUGGGCACAGACAUUAAUAAAAGGGUGAUUGUUGAUAGAGCCCUGAGUAGGCAGAGGCAUGGAUGGAAUUGUGCUCCCAGCUCAAUGCUUUGAUUAACAGUGCCUGCAUAUCAGCUCCUCUGCUGCUCCAACACAUCUCCAAGAGCUCAUUCUUUGUGGCUAUCCAUAGGAACUUGCUGAGCCAAAGGAAGAUUCAGUGACAUUUAAGGAGCCAAACUGUGUGUCUGUCACCCCUACCCCGGAGGAAGGCACAACACCUGAG